AUGAGAGGGCUGCUGCUGUCGGAGUACCUCCUCCACCUCGCGGCGCUCAGCUACCCGCUGCUGGCCUACCCGCCCCAGGUGGUGGUGGCGGCGGUGGUGGCGAUCACGCACAGCACCCUCGGAGAGGCCUCGGGCGCCGUCGCCGGCUGGCAGCAGCGGCUGCUGCGCUGCGCGCGGGUGGCGCAGGAGGAGGUCGCGCCCUGCCUUCGGGCGGCGGCUCUGCUGCACGCCUGCGCACGCGGGGGGAGCCCGGCGCUGAAGGGCCACGGGAAGCUGCUGGCGGCCUUCCGGAAGUUCUCGAGGCGAGACAUGCAGGAGAGGUCGCGAAGCUGCAGCUGGCCCCGCCGGCCUCCGCGCUACUCCCGCGGCCGGGCGGGGUCGCGCCGACCCCCGCGCGCGCCCCGCCGCCCGAGCGCUGACGGCGCCUCGCGCCGCGGCCGCAGGCCUGGAUCCGAGAGGCUCCGGAAACAGCUGGGCGGGCGGUUCUUGCCGCCGCUUCCGUCGGAGGGCCCCAAAGCGGGGGGGGGGGACCACACCGUGCGUCAGAGGAGGAAAAGGUACCCAUACCUCUACACCCUCGCCCGUUGUCCCCUUUUGGGGCCUCUUCGGAGGCCCUCAACGCCACCGCUGGAUUCGCCUCGAAGUCCUGGUCAGAACGCGCCCUGGGAGAGAUCCAGGGAGUAG